GGUUUCGGACUGGAGAUGCAUAAAGAAAGGGCAGUUUCAAGGAAGUGACGGACGACGCUCAGUGGUCUGGUCAGAGGAAGUUUGUUCGAUGCGCCGUGCUGUUGAAGGAAACUUUUCACUCCAGUGAGCGCCAGAAGCACCCGUGGAUCGGGUCGGACGGAUCCAGCGCGGCGGAGGGAGCUUUUGUUUCCCCUUCACACUUAGCAGCACUGAGGAAUAACUUGAGGUCGGGAGAAAGAGGGGCUCGCACAGGAAUUUCACUCCCAUAACCGACCCCCCUCCCCUUUUUCCUUCUUUUCCCCGCGCCUCCUUUGAUUUCUUUCUGGGAUCCGCGAUGGGAAAGGAGCAGGAGCUUCUUGAAGCGGCGCGCACGGGAAACCUGGCUGCCGUGGAGAAGCUUUUAUCCGGGAAGCGACAGUCCGCUGGCGGAUCGUCUGGGACCGGUGGAAGCGGCAACAGCGGUGGCCACGGCGCCUCCUCUCAUCCGCUCUCCAGUCUGCUCAGUAUCUGGAGAGGCCCCAAUGUGAAUUGCGUGGACAGCACUGGAUACACCCCUCUUCACCACGCAGCCCUUAAUGGACACAGCGAGGUGGUGGAGGUGCUGCUAAGAAACGAGGCUCUGACUAACAUCGCAGACAACAAGGGCUGCUAUCCUCUCCAUCUGGCUGCGUGGAAGGGAGAUGAGCAUAUCGUAAAGCUUCUCAUUCACCAAGGACCUUCACACCCCAAACUCAACGAGCAGAGCUCUGUAGACCAUAAAGAGUUCAAACGCUGUGGGCCCUUUGACCCCUAUAUUAAUGCCAAGAACAAUGACAACGAGACACCGCUGCACUGUGCCGCCCAGUACGGCCACUCUCGGGUGGUGCGGCUGCUGCUGGAGGAACUCACUGAUCCCACCAUGAGGAAUAACAAGUUUGAGACUCCGCUGGACCUGGCGGCACUGUACGGCCGCCUGGAGGUUGUCAAACUGCUGCUCAGUGCCCAUCCUAAUCUGCUCAGCUGCAACACCAAGAAACACACGCCACUACACCUUGCCUCUCGCAAUGGACACCUACCCGUAGUGGAGGUGUUACUAGAUGCUGGAAUGGACAUUAACUAUGAGACAGAGAAAGGCAGUGCACUCCACGAAGCCGCUCUGUUUGGGAAGACUGAUGUGGUGCAGAAGCUUCUCUGUGCAGGGAUCGACGUGAACAUCGUCGACCAGAAGGGCCUGACAGCGCUGGACAUUGUCAAGGACAUGCCCUCUCAGAAAAGCAAACAGAUAGCUGCCCUGAUCCUUGGUCAUAUGACUGGAAAACCCCCUGAUAUUGACCUUCCCCCUCCACCAGUGCCUCCACCUCAAGAGAGCCCGAGCCCACGGAAAAAGGGUGACCUGGAGAAAGUCUGUGAGCUAAUCUCGGGGCUGGCCCUGGGGCCCGAGGAGGAGAGCCCUUAUGAAGCUCUGUUUGAGGCCACUUCUUGCCACUCUUUAGACAGCCUCACCAGUGGGAAGUCCUCUGACAGAGACUCGGGAAGGCCUGAUAGUGAAGCUGGAAAGAAAGAUCGCUUGGUUCUCUCGUCACAUCCUGGCCCUGGUAAUGAAGAGGAGGUGAGCUCAGAGGCCCUGUAUACUAGCAGCAGUGCUGAUGAGAAAAGGGAGCCAGCGGAGGAGGAGGAUCACACAUACGAGUUGUUGCUGACUGCAGAGACAAAAAUCCCACCACCACCAAGCCAUGAGCCCCACUCAUAUAAAGAUGACAAUACCACUAUACAGUCUUCCAACAGUGUCCUACCUCAGCAUAAACCUUCUGCCCCGAACAACCUUAGAGCCCCAAGUAAGACGAAAGACACCUUGCACCCUCCAGGAAGAGUGGGCCCAGGGGCGCUGGGAGAUAACUCACAGCUCAGCCAGGACCAGGAAGCAGGUGUACCAGAGCAGUUCACAGGCCUCCUACACGGAUCUUCUCCUGUCUUUGAGAGCCGUGAGGAGUCCUUCCGGCUUCCAGGUGUUCUGCCACACAACCAAGACCAGCCAGAAACAAAAAAGAGGGCCAAAGCUAAAGAGGGAGUAACGGCAGCUGCACCGCCACCUAGCCGUCCUAGUAUGGCCGCCAUCCUGACAGACUGUGAUCCAAAAGCAAUUUAUGCUACUGUGAACAAGGAGCCCAGGGACUCGGUGGCUGGUGCUGUAUCUGCUGUCAAGAUGCGCCCUCCUGGGGACCUGAAGCUGGCACGCAGCCUGUCCAAGUCUGACUCAGACUUGCUCGUGUCGCCUCCUAAUGAAGAGGAAGGAGGAUUGGGAAACCGUAGCGAGUCUGUUUCUAACUGUAGCACGGCUAAGAAGAGACUUGAGAAAUCUCCCUCUUUCACCUCAGAAUGGGAUGAGCUGCCAGAUUUCACAAGUGACUGCUGUUCAGCCCCCGCUGUCCCGCGGGAGCUGACGCCUUGUUCACAGAGGACACUGUCUCCCUCACGUUCCUGCUGCUGGUGCGCUCGGCUCUGCUGGCCGAGAAUGAUGUGGCAAUGCCACGUCUCGUCCUCGGAGUGCCGCUGCUACCGGCUGAAAGGUUUCUCACUCCUGAAGCGCUUUCCCCUGUCAGCAGGUGCUGCAGGCCGGCUGCUGGACCAGCCCGUGGGAGACUGGCUGGAGCAUGUGGGUCUGCCGCAGUACGAGAGCAAACUACUCCUGAAUGGAUUUGACGACCUUCACUACAUGGGGAGCAAUGUAAUGGAGGACCAGGACUUGAGAGAGAUUGGAAUCGCAGAUCCGAGCCACAGAAAGAAGAUCCUGCACGCAGCACGUUCCUUCCCAAAGGUGAAAGCGCUCGGCUGUGACGGCAGCAACUCCCUGUCCUCCUGGCUGGAGAAUCUGGGCCUGCAUGAGUACUUGCAAAACUUCCUGUCCAGCGGCUACCGCACUCUGGACUGCGUCAGAAACCUUUGGGAGCUGGAGAUUGUCAAUGUGCUAAAAAUUAGCCUACUUGGUCACAGGAAACGCAUCAUCGCUUCCUUAGCAGAGAGGCCUUAUGAAGAGCCUCCUGUCAAACCUCCUCGUUUGUCUCAGAUCAGGUGCCAAGACCUGCCUGGAUCCCAGACUUCAUCUCCCAUGAGUCAGAUGGAGCCCUACACAGGACGCUCAAUGGACCCUCUGCUGCCUGCAGGCGAGCCAGGGAGGAAAAAAGCACAAGAAAACGACUAUGACGUUACCCAAAGAUAUCGCAGCGAACGACACAGGCCUCCUGAGCGACAUGAAGACUGGCAACGAGAGCCCCGCCUGACCUUGCGGCCACCUAGUCUAGCAGCACCGUACGCCCCGGUUCAGAACUGGCAUCACCAACCGGAGAAACUCAUCUUUGAAUCCUGCGCUUAUGAAGCUAGUUAUCUUGGUUCCAUGCUUAUUAAGGAACUAAGGGGCACUGAGUCCACGCAGGAUGCUUGUGCCAAAAUGCGGAGGUCAACAGAGCAAAUGAGAAAAGUCCCGACUAUCGUCCUCUCAAUCACAUACAAGGGUGUGAAGUUUAUCGACGCAGCCAACAAGAACAUCAUUGCAGAGCACGAGAUCCGUAACAUUUCUUGUGCAGCCCAGGACCCAGAGGACUUGUGCACAUUUGCCUACAUCACUAAGGACCUGCAGACCAGCCACCAUUACUGCCAUGUCUUCAGCACAGUAGAUGUGAACCUGACCUAUGAGAUUAUACUGACACUGGGCCAGGCGUUUGAGGUAGCAUAUCAGCUGGCUCUGCAGGCCCAGAGGACCAAACCGCACCAGAGCGUCCCAGCUGGAUCUGGAUCAGAGGUCAUUGAGACAAAGUCCAGCAAACCUGUGCCCAAACCACGAGGCAGCAUACGCAAAACAGCGGGGGACAUCGUGGAGCAGGAAGGCGAUUCUCAGUCCCAGGGUAGUGCCACGUGGCUCAUGGACCCCAAGGAAUCCAAGCGCACUAUCAGCACUAAGUACGAGACCACCAUUUUCUGAGUGGACCUCUCUUCCUCCUGGGCUCAGCCUCACCCUCCUUCCUUCCCCUCCUUCUGUGUGCCUUUCACUGUGACGCUGCCUCUUUCUCCGCGCUGGACCUCUGCUCCUCCCCACCGCCAUCACUUCUUUCUUCCUCCGACAACACCACAGUCUGUGGCAACUGACCAGCUGUUGCCCCUUCUUAUGUUUAACUCCCAGCACCUUUACACUUUUUCUCGAUUAUUAAUGCAACCCCUCCACCUCGCCCACCGUCUUCUAGCUGUCUAGUUGGUAUCUCUUCUACUAUGAGCCUGCCACUCACUUUCCCUUUUAUUCCUCCUUUCUGUUUACCUUAUAUGCUUCCUCCAACAAUGCUUCCCACUUUUUUCUUCCCAACUGUCAACAUCCCACUCUUUACUCUUGGUGAUAAGCUCUCUCUUUUCUUAAUGCUUUUCCUGCUC